AUGUAUCCUGAGCUGAAUUCAUCAACUAAAGAACAACCACAAACUAAUCAAUAUCGUGGUUUCAUGUACACCUAUAAGCGUCCAUCAAAUAAUCGAGUAUCACCCAUUUUCGAAUCUCGUCUUAAUCCGAGUACCAAUAUUACUCUUGAUUCGUCAUUAUUAAGGGAUCUAAUCGAUUUUCACAAAAAAGAUAGCCGUAAACGAUUGUUCUAUCUUGCGCUUUUUUUUGGGAUUCUUUUGGGACUACCUGGUUUAAUAUUAUUGUUGACGUCAUUUGUCAAACCAAAAUGCAACAAUUAUAUUGACUAUUGUUCAAAUCUACGCUUAGCACUCCUUGCCAUAGGUGCAAGUUUGCUUGGAGCCACUGUUCUCAUAAUUUGUAUUGCUGUCUGUCUUUUACGUGAUGAAAUACGUAAAAAAUUUGAUGAUCUCGACGAUAGUACAAGUCUAGGGCAAACUUCUGUGUGA